AUGUUUUUAUGCUUUCGUCGUUAUGAACCGCAUAAUACUAAUGAUACAAUGAUAGGUACACAUAAUCUGACUGAAUCUGAGCGUGAUUUAUUUAAAGCCUUUCAAUCGGUCAUUGCUGAUCAGAUUCGUUCACAUUCUUCUGAUUUACUACCUGUUGAUGAUUCUGAACUUGAGCCUAUUAGUGUCUACACUGAGAUCAAUGAUGAUUCUCGUUUUCAUUUUCAAAAAGCAAAUCAAUUGUAUACUUCAUAUUUCAAGGUUUAA